GAAAUUAAUAAUAACAUUAGAAAUGUCUUAAACUUAACAUAAAGAUUAGAUUUUUAUUUAUUCUGCACCUUCUUCUCUCUUCUCACCCACCAUUUUUGUUACCCUUUUUGGUGUUUCAGAUCUGAGAAAAACAAAACCCCCCAAAAAAAAUUCAUGUCUUUCUAGAGAGAGAUAGAGAAAGAGAGAGAGAGAGAGAGAGAGAAGGGAAAAUGGUAUUGGGGAAUGGUGGUGAGAAUGGAAAUGGGAAUGGUGAGUCUGUUUCAGAAUUCCAAUUGGGUAAAAAAAACAGAUACAAAAGAAUGGAAUCUGAUCCCUUAGAGGAAGAAGAAGAAGAAGAAGAACUACAACGUCAUCAUACCAAGAAAUUUGUGGUUGCUUGUGCCAUUUUUGCUUCUCUCAAUUCUGUUCUCCUUGGAUAUGAUGUGGGUGUUAUGAGUGGUGCAAUUAUAUUUAUACAAGAAGAUCUUAAGAUAUCAGAAGUACAAGUAGAGGUGUUAGUUGGGAUUUUGAGCAUAAUUUCCCUAUUGGGUAGUUUAGCAGGUGGGAAAACAUCUGAUGCAAUUGGUAGAAAAUGGACAAUUGGAUUAGCUGCCAUUGUUUUCCAAUCUGGUGCUGGAAUAAUGGCUCUUUCACCUUCAUUCGCGGUUUUAAUGGUAGGGCGUUUAUUAGCCGGGAUUGGGAUAGGUUUUGGUGUCAUGAUUGCUCCUGUUUACAUUGCUGAGAUUGCACCAGCAGUUGCUAGAGGCUCACUCACUUCAUUCCCCGAAAUCUUUGUGAAUUUCGGUAUACUUUUAGGUUAUGUAUCGAAUUAUGCUUUUUCGGGUCUUCCAGCUCAUAUAAAUUGGAGGAUUAUGCUUGGUGUAGGGAUUCUUCCUUCAAUUUUCAUUGGUUUUGCUCUGUUUGUUAUCCCUGAAUCUCCAAGGUGGUUAGUGGUACAGAAUAGGAUCGAUGAAGCAAGAUUGGUGUUGUGUAAAACCAAUGGAAGUGAUAUUGAAGUUGAAGAGAGAUUGAAAGAGAUUCAAUUAGCUGCUGGGAGUGUCAAUGCUGAGAAGUAUGAGGUGAAAUCUGUGUGGAAAGAGAUUUUGAAACCGUCUCCCUCGGUUAGAAGAAUGCUUAUAACCGGCUGUGGAAUCCAAUGCUUUCAACAAAUCACGGGCAUUGAUGCAACGGUUUAUUAUAGCCCGACGAUUUUCAAAGAGGCUGGGAUUAAAGGCAACACUCAACUUUUGGCUGCAACUGUUGCUGUUGGUUUCACUAAGACUUUGUUCAUUUUAGUAGCUAUCAUUCUUAUUGACAAAUUAGGGCGAAAACCGUUGCUUUACAUAAGCACGAUCGGUAUGACUACUUGUUUGUUUUGUCUAAGCCUUACUUUAGCUUUCUUUGGAAAUGGUAAAUUAGGCAUCAUAUUGGCAAUUCUUGCUGUUUGUGGGAAUGUAGCAUUUUUCUCAGUAGGAAUUGGUCCAAUUUGUUGGGUUGUUUCGUCCGAGAUUUUCCCUUUAAGGCUUCGAGCGCAGGCAUCAGCGCUAGGAGCAGUCGGUAGUAGGGUUAGUAGUGGUGUGAUCGCCAUGUCAUUCUUAUCGGUCUCACGAGCAAUCACGGUUGCAGGAACUUUCUUUGUUUUCUUUGUGAUUUCAGCUAUUUCGGUUGCUUUUGUUUAUAAUUGUAUCCCCGAAACGAAAGGGAAGUCUUUGGAAGAAAUCGAAAUGUUGUUUCAAGACGAAACAGAACGAGUUGAAGUGGAAAUGGAAGACGCUGCACGCCUAGUACAAAAUGAACCGAAAUGAAGAAGAGAAAACUAGUUCAAGCAAGCAAAAGGAGAGUUAUGGGCAAUUAUACUUAUUUUUUAGUCUUAGAAAAAUCAAAAUAUACCAUAUUUCAUGUCUUUACAAGAAAAUCACUUAAAAAAAAUGAGCUACAAGAGUAGUAAAAUAUACUUGAUUUGUAUGGAGCUUGGUGUGCAUAUUUUGCUCCUCAAUGAUUAUUAUUGUUAUUUUUUUUUCAAAUGGGAUUUCUUCUGAUUAUUCAGUUCAGAUUUCAUUAAACACAAUAAAUUUUUAUUAUAUGCAUGUAUAAAAACACAAGAUGGAACAUAUUAUGUC